AUGGAUAUAAGGAGUCAGUUACGGGAUAGUAGUUGCACACCUCAUACUGGGGGAAUGUGCCAGACUGUCUGCAGACAUAAGAACAUCUACCCCAUCCUGACCGACACGGAAAAGUUCAAGCUCGAGGACUUUCAAAAUGCCAAAGAAAAGCGAUACAGCAAAAUUAACAGAAGGUUGGGAAUAGAGAUUGAUGGGAUAGAAAGUGCUGAGGACGACAAAAAAGGCAAAAACAAAGGCAAAAACGAUAAAGCAGCUGCAGGCAAAAAGAGCAAAGCUGCCACCAGCGAGGACGGUGGAGAUGAGGACGAAGAGGCCGAACGGCCUAAAGGUCGCAAGUCGGCCAACAGAAAGAAAGCAUCUCCGAGAGUGGCCUCGGAGGACGACAGCGAUUACGACAUUCCUCCGAAGAGAUGCGCAGGAAACCGGAAGAGAGGAAAACCAGCAGCAUCCAAAAACAAGAGAGGCAAAAGUUCCAAGAAGAAGAGCAGUAGUGAGGACUCUAAGUCAGAGGGGGGGGAGGAGGAGGAGGAGUCCAUGUCAGAGGGGGAGAGGGCUCGGCUAAUGGAAGAGGUGGAGGAAAAGAAGAAGCUGAUCGCUAACAUUAGGAGCAAGCCGUGGAGGAUGAAGAGGAGGCUCAAACACCUCAAGGAAGCGCAGAUGUUUGUGGAUAAGUUUGAAGGAGCUUUGGGCAAAGGGAAAGGCAAGAAACUGUACGCCUUUAAAGUCAUGAUGACGAAGAAAUGGAUCAAGUUUCAGCGAGAUUUUGAUAAUUUUAAGACGGCCUGCAUACCCUGGGAACGGAAAAUCAAAGAGGUUGAAAGUCACUUCGGUUCUUCAGUCGCCUCCUACUUCAUCUUCCUCCGUUGGAUGUAUGGCAUGAACCUUGUUCUCUUCAGUUUGACCUUUGGCCUGAUUGUGAUCCCUGAGGUUCUCAUGGGUCUCCCUUAUGGUUCUAUUCCUCGAAAAACAGUGCCACGAGAGGAACAGGCCAAUGCGAUGGACUACGCCGUUCUCACAGAUUUUAGCGGUUACUGCAAAUACUCUGUGUUAUUCUAUGGCUACUAUAAUGACCAGAGAACCAUUGGCUUCCUGAAGUUUCGACUCCCUCUGUCCUACCUCAUGGUGGGCAUUGGGAACUUCGGGUAUAGCCUGAUAGUUGUGAUCCGAACGAUGGCUAAAAACGCAGAUGUAGGGGGUGGGGACAGCGAGGACAACGAGUUCACCUUCGCCUGGAAGAUGUUCACCAGCUGGGAUUACCUCAUCGGCAACGCAGAGACGGCCGACAACAAGUUCGCCUCCAUCACCACCAGCUUUAAGGAGUCCAUCGUAGAUGAGCAGGAGAACCAGAAGGAUGAGAACAUCCACCUGAGGAGAUUCCUGCGUGUAUUGGCCAACUUCCUCAUUAUCUGUAUCCUAGGAGGCAGCGGAUAUCUCAUCUACUUUGUGGUCAAGCGCUCGCAAGAGUUUCAAGGCAGGGACGACCUGAGCUGGUAUGAGAAAAAUGAGUUGGAGAUUAUAAUGUCUCUCCUCGGAUUGGUGGGCCCGAUGCUGUUCGAGACAAUCGCUGAGCUGGAGGACUAUCACCCCCGUAUCGCCCUCAAGUGGCAACUAGGACGCAUCUUCGCCCUUUUCCUGGGUAACCUGUACACCUUCCUCCUGGCUCUUUUUGAUGAGGUCAACGAAAAGCUGGUGGAGGAACAAUCCAUAAGGAACGCCAGCGUGUGGUUCAUGAAGGAAUAUUACGCCAACUUCAGUGCUAAUAACCCAAACGGGACAGGCACGCCUCCGCCUCUCGACCCUUCUGAUGUGAUCCGGGGUCCGUGCUGGGAGACAACAGUGGGGAUAGAAUUUGUAAAACUGACUGUCUCAGAUAUCCAAGUGACGUAUCUGACGAUCCUCAUCGGGGACUUCGUGAGGGCUCUGAUUGUGCGCUUCCUUAACUACUGCUGGUGCUGGGAUUUGGAGGCAGGUUGGCCCUCCUACGCUGAGUUUGACAUCAGCGGCAAUGUCCUUGGAUUGGUCUUCAAUCAAGGGAUGAUUUGGAUGGGAGCAUUCUAUGCUCCAGGUCUGGUCGGCAUCAACGUCCUCCGUCUCCUGACCUCUAUGUACUACCAGUGCUGGGCUGUCAUGGCCUCCAAUGUGCCUCAUGAGCGAGUCUUCAAGGCCUCAAAAUCCAACAACUUCUACAUGGGACUCCUUCUUCUCAUCCUCUUCCUCAGCCUGCUGCCUGUCGUCUACACCAUCAUGUCCCUGCCACCGUCCUUUGACUGCGGACCCUUUAGUGGCAAAGAUCGGAUGUUUGACGUAGUGAUUGAGACGAUAGAAAAGGAUCUUCCUUCGUUUAUGGGGAAGCUGUUCGGUUACGUGGCAAACCCCGGCCUCAUCAUUCCUGCUGUUUUGCUCAUGGUUCUGGCAAUUUAUUAUCUCAACUCAGUGUCCGAAGCCUAUAAGAACGCCAACAACGAGCUAAAAAAGAAAAUGCAGAUGGCAAGAGAUGAGGAAAAGAACAGGAGGAAUAACACAGACAGCACCAAUCAAGUGAUGAAGGAUUUAGAGGAUUUACUACCCAAUCGGCCGAAUGUGCCCGAUUCGGACGAACGUGCAGACAAGCCUGGUGGAGGAAAACCAUCAAAAGUGAAGCCAGGAUCAGCUGCAAAUGGUGUGAACCUGCAGAAAGACUUAUCGCUGGCAUCAGCUAAUCCUAACGCCCGAGGGCCUGUGAACCGAACACCAGGCCUCAGGACAGCGGGGCCUCUGCCUGGGCACCCGGGGCCAGCUCCAGGGGCAGGACAUCGCAGGGGACAAUAGCACUAAACACUAUCACUAGCCACUGGCACUAGACAUACAGACUACCUCCUAAAUAUACUCUAAUUUUCUUCCUGAACCUGUUGAAUUAUUCCUACUUCUUACAAACGAAUAGCGACUCUGUUAUGUUUUAAACACAUGAAGACAGUUUAAACGCUGCAUAUUGCAUUGGGAAUAUGUUUAUCUUUAUUGUGCAAAAGCUUUAGUGUGUAUCUCACACAAUCAGGUCAUUCAGAGUGAUAGAAUUUAAAUCUUAAGCGGAAUUUAAAGCGGCGAUAUGUAACUUUUAAUCAUCACUCAUUGUUAUAACUUGCAUGGCUGAGACAGUGGAGCCUGAUUUGUCAGGUCUUGUGACAUCAGGCAUCUCAUUACUAAUACGUCAUGUAUCACGAUUCCACUGGUUUUGGCACAAAUAAACCGUCUGAUUUAAAUAACAGUGUUAA